AUGGCCAAGUUGGACAAGGCUAAAGGAGCAUGGGCUGAACUAUUACCUCAAGUCCUUUGGGCAUACAGAACUUCACAUCGAACAUCCACGGGGGACACCCCGUAUGCCCUUGCUUUUGGAGCCGAAGCUGUAGUGCCUGUUGAGAUUGGAAUGGCUACGCACAGGGUGGAAGUGUUUCAAGCUGAAGCAAAUGAUAACCAGAUGAAUUUUAACCUGGAUUUAGUAGAUGAACGACGGGACCAUGCUCAGCUGCGCAAUGCCUCAUACCAACAACGUGUAGCUCGCUACUACAACUCCCGUGUCAAACAUUGA